AUGAAAAAAAUCCCGGCACCCGUCGAAGGUCAAAGAGAGCAUUUAUACAAGAUUUUAGUCGUCGGGGAAUUGGGUACCGGUAAAACGUCCAUAAUAAAAAGAUACGUCCAUCAAUUUUUCAGUCAACAUUAUCGCGCGACCAUAGGAGUGGAUUUCGCAUUGAAAGUUCUCAAUUGGGAUUCAAAUACGAUAAUAAGGCUUCAAUUAUGGGAUAUUGCAGGUCAGGAAAGGUUUGGAAACAUGACGAGAGUUUAUUAUAAGGAAGCCGUGGGAGCUUUCAUAGUUUUCGACGUGACGAGAAGCGCGACGUUCGAUGCCGUCGUCAAAUGGAAAGAAGAUUUGGAUUCGAAAGUUCAAUUGAGCGAUGGUAGUCCUAUACCUUGCAUAUUGCUAGCGAAUAAGUGCGAUCAACCGAAAGAAGGUUUAGUCAAUAAUAAAAACAAAAUGGAUGAAUAUUGUAAGGAAAAGGGAUUUUCAACGUGGUACGAAACUUCAGCGAAAGAAAAUAUAAACAUAGAAGAAGCAUCGAGAUCUUUAGUCAAUAAGAUUCUUCAAAACGAUAAAAUGAUGGAAUCCGGAGAUCAAUCGAAAGACAUGGAUAAAUUCGUUUUGGAUUGGAGAUCGGAAAAAGGAAAUGGAAAAUCAUGUUGGUGUUGA